GCUUAAACAAGCUUCAAAUCAGUAAUCACUCUUUCAAAUCUUUCCUUUUCGUUUAUUCAGUUAAGGAAACACAGAGAGGCAGCCGCCACUGCCCAAUACAAUUUUCUCUACCUGUAAAUUACACAGCAAAACAACCCAGAAAAGGAAGACGAAUGAAUUCUAUUCACAUUUCAUCAAAUCCCAUAGUUUCUCACUCACUCACUCACCACCGUUGGCUCUCCACUUCACACAAACUCUAUCCCCAAGUGAUCAAAAUCAACGGCAGAAAAUCACUGACAACAUCAUGCCUCAAUGUAGACGUGAAUGCGCCAGAUAUUUCAAGAAAAGUAACAGCCCAAAACAGCAAAGAAGUGAUAGAGCUAGAAGGGAAGGUAAUGGUAGGGACAUACGGGAGAGCGCCUGUUGUUUUGGUGAGUGGCAAAGGUUGUAAAUUGUAUGAUGUUGAAGGGCGUGAGUAUUUGGACAUGACUUCAGGGAUUGCUGUUAAUGCUUUAGGACACUGUGAUCCUGAUUGGGUUAAGGCUGUUGCUGAUCAAGCUCAUGUUUUGACUCAUGUUAGCAAUGUCUACUAUUCUGUUCCUCAGGUAGAGCUUGCUAAGCGUCUAGUGGAUUGCUCGUUUGCUGAUCGAGUGUUUUUUACAAAUUCUGGAGCAGAGGCAAAUGAAGCAGCUAUCAAAUUUGCUAGGAAGUUCCAAAGACACUCAAACCCUGACGUGAAAGACCCAGCUACAGAAUUCAUAUCUUUCACUAAUAGCUUCCAUGGCAGGACAAUGGGUGCACUUGCUUUAACAAGCAAAGAACAAUAUAGAUCACCUUUUGAACCUGUUAUGCCUGGAGUCACUUUUGUAGAAUAUGGAAAUAUAAAGGCUACACAAGAAUUAAUUCGGCCUGGGAAAACUGCUGCAGUUUUUGUGGAACCCAUCCAAGGUGAAGGAGGCAUUUAUAGUGCAACAAAGGCGUUUUUGGAGUUCUUGCGAACUGCUUGUGAUGAUGCUGGGGCACUCCUGGUGUUUGACGAGGUGCAAUGUGGUUUGGGUAGAACUGGAUACCUCUGGGCCCAUGAAGCUUAUGGGAUCUUCCCAGAUAUAAUGACACUCGCAAAACCACUUGCUGGAGGUCUACCUAUUGGUGCUGCUUUGGUGACUGAAAGAGUUGCUUCAUCUAUAAAUUAUGGUGACCAUGGAAGUACAUUUGCUGGUGGUUCCCUUGUUUGUAAUGCAGCCCUUACUGUUCUGGAGAAAAUCUCAAAACCAGAAUUUUUGGCUAGUGUAUCUAAGAAAGGGCUGUACUUAAAAGAAAUUUUGCAGCAAAAGCUUGGCAGGAACUCACAUGUGAAAGAAAUCCGAGGUCUUGGGUUUAUUAUUGGAAUUGAGUUGGAUGUCCCAGCCUCACCACUAGUUUCUGCUUGUCGAAAUUCUGGCCUUCUUGUGUUAACUGCUGGAAAAGGAAAUGUCGUGAGACUUGUGCCUCCAUUGACUGUAACUGAGCAGGAACUUCGUCUUGCAUCUGAUAUUCUACAAAAUGCAAUGUCUGUACUUGAUGAGAAUAAUUCAGAGUAGGGGGAGAAACAAUUGCAAACCUGCAACCUUCCGCAGCAGACCAGACUGACUUGAUAUAGCUUUAAAUUAUGAAGUUGCAACUCCUGUAUAAUCUUUUUUGUUUUUGUUUUGUAUUUUUAAUAACUCUUGUACAAUGAAAAGGCUAUGUUGUGGUUGUAAUAGUAAGUUUUUCUUUUUUUGCUA